ACCUGGCCGUCUUUUCCAGAUUCUCCCGGCGCCGAUCACUUCCCCGUCGUCCCGUCGUUUGAAAUAGCCAUGAGGAGAAAUCCGCUUUCAUCCAUUACAUCUGCCCACACUUCAAUCUCAGCAUCACUACUCUCAUUCACUCAUCUCCAAUCUCUAAUCCACUAUCACACUUCUCCGACCAACAAUCAAUAUCUUCGUCCGAAAUCCACAAACCGCACCGAAUCCCUAUAUCCAACUCGGAAAACUCAUCCUAUGCCCGUUUCGGCUCGAACUUCCGAUGAAUAUGACCCGAACCUAGUCGCGGAGACUCUGUCUUGUUACAACAAUGACUGGAAAACUGCUUUGGAGUUCUUCAAUUGGGUUGAAUCACAACGAGGUUUCGAACACACCACCGAGACCUACAAUCAAAUAAUCAGCGUUCUCGGUAAGUUCUUCGAGUUCGACAUAGCUUGGAAUUUUAUUUAUAAAAUGAGAAAUUCGUUAGCUUCCAAGCCAGAUCACACCACUUUCCGUAUAAUGUUUAAUCGCUAUGUUCGAGCUCACCUAAUCAAAGAAGCUAUUGAUACGUUCGAUAAAUUAGAUGAUUUCAACUUAAAAGAUAGUGUAUCUUUCUCCAAUUUGGUUGACGCUCUAUGCGAGUAUAAACACGUGAUUGAAGCUCAAGAGUUGUGUUUUGUGAACGGGAAAGACUAUGAGAGAUACUUAAGUCUAGACACGAAGAUUCAUAACAUGAUACUUCGCGGGUUCUUUAAGAUGAACUGGUGGGGGAAAUGCAAGGAGUUUUGGGAAGAAAUGGAUAAAAGGGGAGUGGAAAAGGAUAUUUUUUCCUAUUCCAUUUACAUGGAUGUUCAAUGCAAGAGCGGGAAACCGUGGAAAGCUGUGAAGCUCUUCAAGGAAAUGAAGAAGAGAGGGAUAGAGCCAGACGUGGUGGCAUAUAACACAGCCAUUCAAGCCCUUGGGAUCUCAGAUGGAGUUGAUGUGGGUGUUAAGCUUUUCAAAGAGAUGAUUGAAUUGGGCUGUGAACCAAACGUGAUUACAUUCAACACAAUUUUAAAGCUUUUGUGUGAAAACAUGAGGUAUAAGGAUGCAUUCGAGGUGCUAGGCCUAAUGUCUAAGAAGGGUUGUGAACCAAACGUGACCACUUACCAUUACUUUUUCAGAUGUCUGGAGAAGCCAAAAGAGAUACUAAAGAUGUUUGAUAGAAUGACCGAGAGAGGUAUCAAACCUAGGAUGGAUACAUAUGUGAUGCUGAUGAGUAAGUUUGAGAGAUGGGGGUUUCUUAGACCAGUUCUUGAUCUUUGGGGGAAAAUGAAAGAUCAGGGUUUGAGUCCGGAUGAAUCUGCUUAUCAUGUCUUGAUUGAUGCUCUUGUGCAGAAGGGAAUGGUUGAUUUGGCUCGCAAGUAUGAUGAUGAGAUGUUGGCUAGAGGUCUUUCGCCCAAGCCAAGGGUUGUUUCGGGUGACACAAACGACUAGUAUAAAAUUGCCUGAUUCUACGACUUGUAUUGGCCUAAGGAAAUGCAUGCCUUUGUUUUCGAUUGGUACUUGUUGCAGUCAUCUUUUCAUGGCCGAACAUCAAAGCAUCACAUUCGAUUGCCACUCCAUAAGUAAAGUUUCAAGCAGCGUUUGAUCUUUCAUAUUUGAAAGUGAUGACUGCAAUCUCAAUGUGAGACGAUUCUUCAGACAUGGUGCAGAUCAUGAAAGAAAAUCAUCCAGCUAAGAACAAUGCUGCUUCAUCAAUUCUCAAGCAAAAUUCAACAGUCAGAGCAAAAGUUGUGUAGAUAAGUGGGAUUGGUUCAAUUGGAUCGCAUUCCAUGCUUAAAUCAUCUCCAUAUGGGACAUGUUGAUUUUAAGUCACAGAAAAGGUGUUUUUGGAAAGCUUUUCUAAAACAAUGGUCUUCUAGCCACAUGAGUUAGGAACCCUACAGAUUAUUGAGCGACUCGUAUUUACUUCUCUUAAAUAUUUGGAUGGUUUCUAGCAAGUUGUAUUGCACAUAUAUCAAGAGAGCCCUCCCUGUCUGAGAUUGUAAAGCAAUCAUCUUCACCAUUAAGUUGUUUGGGUUACCAAGGCCAUGAUAUUCAUUUUGCGCAAAAGUUGUGUUUCUAACUUCCAAAAUAAGGCGGCAAAAUCUGUUAGUAAUUUCUAAAAUAAGGUGGCAAAGUUAGGAAUCGGUCGAGAGAGAUGGAGGUGCCAGGAUCGUCGAAGAAGAUGAUAGCUACGCAGGAAGAGAUGGUGGAGGCGAGGGUUUCUCUGGCAUACUGGGACCAGUGCGCUCACCUUCUGAUUCCCCUUAACAAGUGCCGCCAGGCCGAGCUUUACUUGCCAUGGAAGUGCGAGAACGAGCGCCACUCCUACGAAAAGUGCGAAUACGAGCUCGUAAUGGAGCGGAUGCUUCAGAUGCAGAAGAUCCGCCAGCAGGAGUCCUCCCGCCUCAAACAAGGUGUCAACCAUCAGCCCAUUCCCCUCGCCGCCAGCACUGCCAAUGCCUCCUAGUCUCCGCUCUUUCCAUCCGUAGGGAGUGAGCUGAUACUGGUAAAGGUUGUGGUUGUUCCAGAGUGGAGCAUUUGUUCAUCUGCCAUAAGAAGAAAAAAGAAGGAACUAUUUGUGUGUUUACUGAGAACAUGAUGUAUUCUUGUUCAUGUUUGUUCCAAAUAAGAUUUCACCCUUGACAUGGAUUGUUAUUAAUUGUUGUCCUAAUCCUUUUAUUGGUAACUUCUGGUUCUUAAAAAAUCAAGUCAUUUUGAAAAAAAAAAGGUGGCAAAGUUAGGAACAAGUGAA